GAGUCUGAAAAAAAUGGGUUAGCUCCAGGAGCUGAAAUUGUUUCACUUUGCAUCGGUGAUCACCGUUUAUCUACAAUGGAAACUGGUGCUGCACUGAUGCGCGCAUUCAGUCGUUGCGCCGAACUCAAAGUGGACAUCGCAAAUUUCUCGUACGGUGAAGAAAGUGAUUUUCCUGACAAAGGACGGAUUAUUGAGGCGUUAGAAAUUAUGGUUCGUAGAUAUGGGGUUUUGCUUGUUGCCUCAGCAGGGAAUAAUGGUCCGGCUCUUUCAACUGGAGGUUCACCUGGGUCUACGUGUUCCGCUGCUAUUGGUAUUGGCGCUUAUUUGUCUCCUGAAAUGAUGGAAGCUAUGUACAGCAUGCGGGACAAAAUUCCUGGCACAUUUUACCCUUGGUCUUCACGAGGCCCGAGUGUUGAUGGAGCAUUGGGAGUAUGCUUAUGUGCUCCAGGAGCAGCCAUAACAGGGGUUCCUAAGUUUACCUUGCGAUGCGCUACAUUAAUGAAUGGAACAUCUAUGAGUGCUCCUAACGCUUCUGGGAAUAUUGCUUGUCUGCUUAGUGGUUUGAAAGCCCGUGAAAUAGAGACCAGCUUGUUUAUGAUUAGACUAUCACUUGAAAAUACUGCCCGUAAACUUGCUCAACAUUCUGCAUUCGCAUUUGGACAUGGUCUUUUACAGAUCGAUUCUGCUUUCGAACACCUUCAGAAGUACGCUACAGCAGUUACUCCGCUGCUAACUCAUUUUGAAGUGACGGUGGACGACAGUAGAAAUCGUGGAAUUUAUUUACGAGAAUUUUGGGAAACUCGGCACUCAUCGAAUUUCACGAUAAACGUCGAGCCAAAAUUUAAACCGCAGUCAGACAACACGGAGAAGAUUGCUUUUCAAAAACAUAUCAUACUGGUAUGCGACGCCACGUUUGCAAAGUGUCCUAAGCAAAUAGAGUUGACAAAUCAACAGCGACAGUUUAUCGUUUCUGUUGAUCCUUGCGGGCUUCAACCCGGCGUUGCGUAUUUCGCUCAGAUACUCGCGUUUGAUGCCUGCAAUCCUUCAUUAGGACCGUUAUUUUAUCUUCCGGUUACUAUUAUAAUUCCACUAGUUCUUGACAGUGCUUGCAAUUUUACUCUCUCUCGAUCUCUGACGUUGAGUCCAUCAAAACCAGAACGUAUAUUUAUACAUGUCCCAGAGGAUGCUAAUUGGGCUGAGCUCAAAUUAAUGAGCCGGGAUACUCAAGAAGCCAAAUACGUCAUUCACUGUGUGCAAAUUCAGCCAGAUACUGCAGUUCGUAAUACAGAAACUUACAAAUUAAUGGUUUUGAAACCAAACUCUGAUACUGAACUAGUUCUUAAAUUGAUAAGUGGAAGAACAGUCGAGCUUUGCAUAACGAGGUGGUGGUCUUCUAUAAAUAUUGGCCAUGUUGAUAUUGCUUUGAAACUGCACGGCACUUAUCCAUGCUGCAAAACCAUCCAAAUAAUGUCUGCGGAAGUUUCUCAUCGUUUCCAAGUGCGCAAUUCCUUAAUGCAUUACGAAGAGAUAGCACCAGCAAUAACAUUUAGGCAUAUGUACUAUCCUCUUCAUCCUGAAACAGCUAAAAUCCGGCCUUUGGGACCUCGCGACCUUUUUUUCAGUGGAUCACAAACCUUCCAACUUUUGCUUGCGUAUUCCUUCUCUAUACCAAAGGCGACGGAAACGACGUUUGAGUUUCCUGGACUAACCGAUUAUUUAUACGAAAGCCCCUUUGAUGAUGUUCAUAUUAUGAUAUUUUUAUCCUCCAAACAGUAUAUUGGUAGCAGUUCGUCGUACCCGAAACGUUACACAAUAAAGCUUGAAAAAGGGGAUUAUCAUGCUAAAGUGCAAAUUCGUCAUGACAAUGACAGCUUUUUGGAGAAGUUUCAAAAUCUGGUUCUUGCUCUGAGAACUCGUCUACCAACACCGAUUAAUUUUGAAUGCUAUGCUGAUUUGGAGAGUGCAUUAAAAAGUGACAAAAAACGACUUCUAAGUAAAUGUAUGGGUCCUGACGAAGUAGUCACCGUUUUCUUGGGUCAGUUGUCUGAAGAAAAACUUCCUAGAAAGCUGACUGCCGGAUGUUGUUUGUUAGGAGCCUUAACAAUACCAAAAGCUGAGGCAGCUCGGACAAUAGUGCAAUAUCCUGUCAUUUAUCACUUUAAUGAAUUUGGUCGUCGUCAUUCUAAGGGUUUCGCUGCUGUUACUUUGACUAAAAAGUGCGAGAACACAGAAUCGUGUGAGGUGAAGAAGAUGAAUGAUGAAUUACGCGAUCUUCAAAUUCAAUGGCUAUCUAAAAUCAAAUGCGAAGAUGAGGCCAACAGGCUGUUCAGGGAGCUGAAUACGGCUUUUCCAGAUAACCCUACAGUUUUACUGACGCAAGCAAAACGACUUUAUGAAAAAGAAGCUGCAAGCCACCGUGAGGAAACGUUGUCUUUAAUCGAAAAAAUUUUGGAGACUUCUAAACCAGACGAAGCGCUAAAAUAUCUUGGUUUGAAGGAAGAAGGCAAAGAAUGUGAUGUUUCACAAAAGUCAGAAAUGGAGUCAAGGCAAAGCGUCAUUAUAGAUGCGCUUGUGAUACGCGCAAAUUUGUUGUUAGAUGAACAUCUUGCUAUCAGCACGCAGGAAGUACCACCAAUGUUCCGGAAAGGUUUAAAACCUGAAAAAGCCAAGACGGCCGGCUUUGUUUCUGACGAAAUUCCUUCUGAUGACUCCAUCCAGGUGGCGCACGAUGAGACGGAUGUGCAGAAAAAGAAUUCAGAGACGGAUCCGCCACCUGAGUUGCCUGUUACUGUUACCGAUUCUCCCCAAAUCAGUGUUGAAGAAGCGCCUCAGCCAAAAGUUUUGCUGAAGGAUGCGGAAAACGCUUUCUACGAGGUUUUGAGGUGGGCAGAUCCAAAUGAUGCAAAAGUUCUUCUGCUCACAGCGAAAUUGGCCAUAGCGCAUGCUCAUUAUGGGAAAGCAUUGAAAUGUUUAAGGAAGGCGGCCGAAGAGAAACAGUACUCUAACAGCGAAUCCUUAGACAACGCAAUUAUUGAGGUAAUUGAUCACUUGGGCUGGGUGCAUAUCUCGUCAUGCCUCCGGAAUAGUUUCAUAUUAAAGUACCACUCUCAGUAUCGGUUAUUCUAA